UGGGUCCGGUUGGCGAUGGCUUCAAGGUUACUGCGCGGCGCGGGGGCCGUGGUGGGCCGGGCCCUGGGCGGCCGGGGCCCCAGCACGCUCCCGGGCCCGCUCCCGGGGGGCCGGGGCCCGGCUCUCGCCCGCACCCUGGCGGCCGGAGGCGGCAUCCCCACCGACGAGGAGCAGGCCACUGGGCUGGAGAGAGAGAUCUUGAUGGCGGAGAAGAAGGGAUUGGACCCCUACAACCUGCUGCCCCCCAAGGGUGCCGCGGGCACGAGGGAGGAGCCCAACCUGGUCCCCUCCAUCACGGACAAACGCAUCGUGGGCUGUAUCUGUGAGGAGGACAACAGUGCUGUCAUCUGGUUCUGGCUGCACAAAGGAGAGACCCAGCGCUGCCCAAACUGCGGAACGCACUACAAACUGGUCCCCCAGCAGCUCCACCACUGAGCACCCCCCUGCCGCCACCCAUGCCGCUCGCACCGCUGCCUGCCCCGGUCCCUGGAGUGGCACCUUCUUUCUAAUAAAGAGCCGGUACCCCCCGGCUCCUUCUUCUCCCUCCA